AAUCAAACAACGCCAGGAAAUUAAUUCCCUUCCUUCGGUCUCUAUCUCACUCUCUCUCGUCCGUUUUCCUCUUUCCCCGUCGUUCCCUCGCCUUUUUUCUCUUCCUUUCGUUCCCUGCUUUCCUCCCUUGCUCCCUCCAUCCCUUCCUCUCUCUUCCUGACCCUCGCAUGCUCCGCCGCCGUCGUCUUCGGCUCUCUCGUCCCUGUCGCUAGUUGCGUCUCCACCACCCGAUCCGACACUGUCCCGAUUUUAUUUCUCUCUCUGGAUGGAUCUUGACCGCACGUUGCUUGCCCCAGCCCGUGAUUGAAAAGGAACCCAACAUGGCGUACAACGCCGUCUCUCAAGCCGAUCAGGAUGCGACCUUUCACGCCAGCGACUCUGAUGCCUCUCGCAGUCCCUCGCCCCGUCGCCGAUCGUUCCAACAACUGCCUCUGGAUGCCGACCACGUCGGGGGAGGCUCGUACCUGCGACCGGCGAAAAAUGCCGAAGACUCGAACAUCCCCAGUUUAGGUUCGAUGAUCCGAUCCAUGACCUCCACCAGCUACGAUAUGGUCGAGGACGACGACUACGAGGCCGUCGAUCCUUCAGCGCCCCGGAGGUCCGAUAGUCUCCGUCGCGUGCCUCCGCUGAACACCACCGUUGGCACUACGGCCACCGCUACCACGACUACUACGUCGCCCGCUGCCCACGCCGGCUCCCCUGAACCGCCCCUGCGGACCCCGGUCACCGACAUCCCCGUCCCUCUCUCCCAUCCGACCCCCGGCCUGGAAUCGCUCCAAGGUGCUUACCUCAAUAAUGUAGAGCGCCUGGAAAGGAGUGCCGAACGUCUCAGCUCCAGCUCCGCGGAUAUCGGAAGUGAAAUUCGCCGCAUGAACCGCGAGCAGAAGAAACGCUCGUCCAGUUCCGCCUCCAACGCUACCGCGGCCGACGGCGUGCCCGUCAGAGCCAACAUGUCCUCCCGUCAGGGGUCAAUUCAAUCCGCCUCGCGUCUGGCGCAGGUGUCUGAGCAUGGUCCCGAGGAACGCUACUACCAUUCGAAUCGCGACCCCGUCGAGCCCAUCCUGCCGCCGCCGCCGCCCCCUGCUCACCAGCAAUUUAGCCAUGUCGACCUCGACUUCAAUUAUCAUCAUGAAGACCAGUACGACCAUCCGCCCCCGGACGAGAUCGAACGUCCAGCCACGGCGGCUUCGACCGACACGUAUCAACAGGCUGGGGUAUUGUUUGGGGACUUCGACGGGGUGCACUACGUGCCACAUGAUAAGGCCCAUGACCUGGCGCGACAGGUGUCCUUGACGAGGCCACCACUGGCCAGAAACUCCGAGUCCCACAAGGAGCCCCGGAAUGGUGAGGACAUGGUGUAUUACCCUGCUCCGGUUCCCAGGAUGUUGAACCUGCCCCCUCGUCUGUCCCAACGACCCAAUGCCGACCGGGAGAAGCGUCGCACGCAACUGCUGGGAUCGGUGCCCUCGGAGAAUCGAAAGUCGGCGCCCUGGCUGGCGGCUACGGAUGGAGGCGAUGCGAAGCCCGAGAAGCAGUUGAAAGACCUGCCGCCCCAGCUUCGUGCCAGUGUCUUUUUCGAGCCGCCGGCCGCGUCGCUCGAUAUCGACGUCAAGAAAGAUUCCGCCGUCGAGACGCUCGACAGUAUUCUCGAUGCCUCGGCACACGCCCCGGUGACAGCCUUCACGGAUCAUCCGUAUGCCGGCCACCUGGGCCGAGAGGUCUAUGGAAGCUCCAAACCCAAGACGUUACGCAAGAAAAACCCCUCCCGAAGUACCCUGCUGGUCCACCAGCAGUCCGACUCCGACACGCGGGCCAACUCACUCGCAUCACGCCAGCCUUAUCUGCAGACGGAAGCGGAGGCGGCGAACAUUCACGAAGGCACGUCGUUACGCGAAGGUUCUCGUGACGGGCGCGAAGAAGAUGGAGAGCAUCCCAGGGGCGAUGAGGAGGAGGGUAACGAGCCGGAAGUCCCGUUCACCGGUCCUCCCACGACUCUGCUGGCAGAGCUGGAGCAGAGGAAGCAUCAACUGCGGAACCGGCAACGCACGGCCGCCGCCGAUGCCAUGCAUUCCACUCUUCUACAGAUGGAUGCCGUGGCUCAAAAGCAGAGUGAGCAUAGGCGACAACGGCCGAUCACCUUGGCCUGGGAGGGCACAGAUGCUCAGCAUGCCGAGGACGAAGAGGAUGACGACGUGCCGCUGGGCAUGCUCUUCCCGGACAAGACGAAUCCGGCCGACGAGCAACGCCCGUUGGGUCUGAUGGAGAAACGAGAGAUGGAGGAAGGGGAACCCUUGAGUCACCGCCGCGCAAGACUGCGAGGAGAAGCGCCACCCCCUCCGCCUCGCACCCCUGACCGGCGCCCGACGACGAUGUACUCGCAACAUGCUCCGGCUCCCGCAGAAGCCGCGGAGCCCGAGAGCGGCGACGAGGGAGAAACCCUCGCGCAGCGCAUCGCCCGGCUGAAGGGGAACAACCGCGCCAGCACCGCGGUCGAGAGUGAAUUCGCCACGGAAAUCCUGGCGGAGCUCAGCCACCUGCAGGGCGACGAUGACAAGCCCAAGGAGGUCGCUCCCGAAGACGAGACACUGGCACAGCGGCGCGCUCGACUGCAGAAGGAGGCCGAGGCCAAUAAUUCGACCCUCAAGAUCCCCCGAUACCGCCGAAGCAUGGCGGACAUCCUCCACGCGCGGCGACCGGCCGCCGUGGUCCGUCCUUCGUUCAACAACGAGGCCGCAGCACCCCAGGGGCCCGGCGGUCCUCAGCGUCGCCUCGAUACUCGGAUGUCGAUGCAACAACUCCCGACGAGGGUCGGGAUGCCCGGGCGUGCAUCGUACCAUCCAGGAGCCGCCAGGACCGACUCCUUUGGACCCGGGUUAGCGCAUCCGAACACCUUCUACUCCGACGCGGUGCUCGGCAUGGGCCAUAUGAGCUAUGCCGUGCCGCAGAGCUACCAUCAGAGGGCCGUCCCGUCGGUGAUUGAUCCCGGUCAGCGCGAGGUGAUCGAUCGCUGGAGACAGAGCAUUGUAUAGCUUCUCUCGUCUCAUUCCCCUCCCUAUUCUGAUUUCGUUUUAUAAUGUGUGUGUCUUUGAGCGCGUUUGAUCGAUACUACUAUAUCUUUCCUUUCCUUUCUUUUUCUUUCUCUUUUUCCCUAUUAUUUGGUGCUGCUUAUAAGUGUCUCUUUCUUGUUUUCGUUUUUAUUAUCGUCAUCAUUAGCAUGAUCUGGAUGGUCGGCAGCAUAGGUCUUUGUGUGUAGAUUAGCGAAUUAUCCUGCAUUGUACAGUAAAGCCCAGGAAGCACUUUUUGGAUUGGAGUUAACUACU